UAAGUAGAUAAACUGUUUUUAAGUAGAUAAACUGUUUUUAGCCAAAAAAAAGUAAAUAAACUGUCAAGUGUUGAUCAAUAGUUUUUUUAGAGGUAACAAGAACCAGAAAAAAAAAAACAAGAAACCACAUGGCAUGACAUAGUGAUAUUAGAGCAGCUACUUAUGACUAAAUUAAGAUCAAAACAAAAAUUGUUAACAUAAAUCAAAACAAAAAUUGUUAACAUAAAUAUUUGCUGUCGUAAUCCUCAAGGAAAGUUUACUUUCUACCAAGAAAAUAAAUCUGACAAAAAAGAAUCUCAUUAACAAGGUAACUUACCACUAACAGCUUCUGAUGUAAUAAAUUACGCUGUCAAAAAACUAGAAACAAGAACAAGUAUGGAAACUAUAACAUUCUAAAGAAUCAACGAUAAUGAUGCUACAACAUGUAAACAUAAUAUUGCUUUCAAAUCUCUUCUUCAAAAUACUACUCUAUUUUCGUUUUGCUUCUCUGCCGUAUAAACCUCUCUGUCUCUUGGACUUGUUUUGUUUUUGUAUCUUUUAGCGAUGGUUAUCCUCCACGAGAUAAGCAAUGAAGCCAAGACAACAACAGAGACUUCAGGCUCAAGUAACUCUGUCCUGGAACACAUGAAACCUACUAUCUCAACAACCACAAGAACUGCCUUGUCCAACACGGCGAAAACAAAAUACAAAGGUGUGGUUCAGCAGCAGAACGGUCAUUGGGGUGCUCAGAUAUACGCAGAACACCGGAGGAUCUGGCUCGGGACUUUUAAUUCCGCUGCUGAAGCCGCAGCUGCUUACGAUAGCGCAUCUAUCAAGCUCCGAGGCUUUGACGCUAACUCGCACCGGAACUUCCCUUGGUCUGAAAUCACGGUCCACGAACCGGACUUUCAAAUCCUCUACACAACGGAAGCUGUGUUGAACAUGAUCAGAGACGGUUCUUACCUACACAAGUUCAGAGAUCAUGUCAUGUCGAGAUCUCGGAUGGCCAACUUCAACACCAUGGGAUUCAAACAGAGUCAAGAAUCAAACAAGUGUUUCUCUUGCACACAACUUUUUCACAAGGAACUGACACCUAGCGACGUUGGGAAACUGAAUAGGCUUGUGAUACCAAAAAAGUAUGCAGUGAAGCAUUUACCAUUCAUAAGCGACGACCAAGAAGAGGGUGAAGCUGUGGACGAUGUUGAGGUUGUGUUUUAUGACAGUACGAUGAGACAGUGGAAAUUUAGGUAUUGUUACUGGAGAAGUAGCCAGAGCUUUGUCUUCACCAGAGGAUGGAAUGGUUUCGUCAAGGAGAAGAAUCUCAAGGAGAAAGAUGUUAUUGUCUUUUACAAUUGCGAUGUCCCGAGUCAUGUCAAGAGAUUAGAAGGACAAAGCAACAGCUUCUUGAUGAUUGAUGUUGAUCACAAGGGUUUCGUGGCUCCCAAGGAAGAAAACAAAUUGGUUCAUAGCGAAGAAAUGAAAACAGAAGACUUGUUUAAAGCAGAUGAAGAAACAAAACCAGAGGAGGAGAAGAAAGGAGGGUUUAUGCUGUUUGGUGUUAGGAUCCAAUAGCUACUUCCGUAUUAGGGUUUUUAAUCUUGUUUUAGUAACUUAGUUAUAGUUUGGUUUUGAUUUGUGCUACGUAGCUUCUUGAUUUAC